UGGGCGGGCUCCGCUCAGGAGAUUCCUUUCUGAUAUUGUGUUUGCUGAGUACUGGCAGCUGCAAGGAAUAUUAACCGCUCUUCCCAGCUGGCAGCUAUGAAUGAAUGGAUGAAGAAAAGCCCUCUAGAGUGGCAAGAUUACAUUUACAAAGAAGUCAGAGUGGCAGCCAGCGAGAAGAAUGAGUAUAAAGGAUGGGUUUUAACGGUAGACCCAGUCUCUGCCAAUAUUGUCCUCGUGAACUUCCUUGAAGAUGGCAGCAUGUCUGUGACCGGAGUAAUGGGACAUGCUGUGCAGACAGUUGAAACUAUGAGUGAAGGGGACCAUAACGUGAGAGAGAAGUUGAUGCAUUUGUUCAUGUCUGGAGACUGCAAAGCAUACGGUCUUGAGGAUCUGGAAAAGAGGAAGAAGAGCCUAAAGACAUGGCUGGAGAAGAACCACAUCCCCAUAACUGAACAGGGAGAAUCACAAAGGACUCUCUGUGUGGCUGGGGUCCUGACUAUAGACCCACCAUAUGGUCCGGAAAAUUGCAGCAGUUCUAAUGAGAUUAUUUUGUCCCGUGUUCAGGAUCUUAUUCAGGGACAUCUUACGUCUUCACAAUGAGAGCCAAAAAUUGUGAAUGAGCUGAUUGAAAUUGACUCAAUUUUUUUUUCCUUUAUGAAAUGUUUUGAAUUUAAGUCCAUCAUAUUACAGAACUUCAAAGGCAUGUGUGUAUGUGUGUGUGUGCAUUUUAAUUCUUUGCUGUUUUGGUAAAAUCAAAAGUGUGGCUUAUGAGUACUAACUUUUUUUAGGAAAGAAAUGACCUGGGGUAAGGAGAGCAUGACACACCAUAAAAUUGACACAAGUACAUCAGAAUUGUAAGACUCUUUUCUUGUGAUGGGGACACACCUCCAUUUUUGUUAGGCAGGAAAUGUAUUUGGAAAAAUGCAACAUGUUAGAUUCAGUAUAAAAUGUUAAGGUAAAAUCAGUC